AUGCAUCCUACGGCGUUCCUGUUUCUUUCUGCGGCCGCCGGCCUUCUCGGCCCCGUUGCGGCCCAGGUGCCGACCGAGACGGAGAAGUCAACGGUGUGGCUGCCGCCGCGCUCCACCACCAUCGGAGAGAACAUUUACGCGUCCGUCAUCACAGCGGCGCCAUCCUCGACCGAGUUUUUGCUAGCGUGUACAUCCGUCUUUCGAUCGGCGUCGGCGUGCUCGCAUUUCAACAACGUCACGUUGACGUAUGGUAACAACACGAUGAAGAUCGGAUUCAGGACCGACACUUUCGAUUGUAAACGUGACUCAACAGCGACUUGUGCUGUCGCUUCCGGCAAUGCCGCAGCCUCGCAGUCUACUCUCGCAAGCUCGGUGUCGGCAUCGUGGUUCACUGCUAUUACCAUCAUCGACGGCCACGACAAGCUCAGAAAAGCCAAGGCUCGCAAGACAUCGACGCUUGCCGGCGCCGCACCAGCAGCGACGACUUCGGCGAACAACAACGGCAUCUGCAAACGUUCAACCAAGGGUGGAAGUGGAAGUGGAAGCGGUGGUACGGACGCUGGUUCUGAUGACGGUGCUGAUGCUGGUUCUGGCAGCAGCAGUGCGACAAAGCCAAAAACCCAUUCAGACGGCGACGCCGGUGGCUGCUCUGCCGCUAGUAGCAACUUUGGAGGGCUGUCACUGGUGAUGACAGGCCUUGCAGCAGUUGUCGGUGUUGCUGUGACACUCUUCUUGUGA